AUGCUUCCCCGUCUUCCCUGUUCUCUGUCUGCAUGUAUUGUCGCGAUUCAGAAGAGAUGCACAUCUCGACGACUCGCCAAUGGAAGUAAUAGUCGGCAUGGCACCAGGGUUAAUGCCAGUGUGUUGCCAUGCGUGGGCAUAUUGGAUGAUCAGACACGUGUAGUUUCGUGUAACCAUCACGACCGACGUGAAGAGAGCAGGGCCGAAGAGAGGUCGCUCGAGGUUAGCUUCCAUCGUCAAGGCGACAAGGUGCCCAAAUGUAUGCGGGCCGGAGCAGCUGACCAUAGGAGCGGCGUAUAG